UGAAGCCCAUCAUGAUUCACUUAAGCCAAAAAAAAAUAAAAAAUAAACACAUAUUAACAAUUUAUUGUAAACCUAGCAAAAUUUUCGGCAGCCACCGUAAAUCAAACACGCCGCUGAUUCAUCUCCUUCGUAUCGUGGUUUUUCAUUUCUUCUUCACCAUACCUCCUGCUUCCACUUUGAUUCUUCAGGGUUUAUUAGAGAUGGCUGGAGAAACUGGCAUGUUCACUGUUCAACGAACAAUUGGCAGUGUUUUGUGUUGCAAAUGUGGGAUUCCAAUGCAACCAAAUGCAGCCAAUAUGUGUGUUAAGUGUUUGCGCUCCGAAGUUGAUAUCACCGAAGGGUUACUCAAGCGUCUCGUGCUUGUUCAUUGCCCUGAUUGCGAGAGUUACUUGCAGCCACCAAGAACAUGGGUCAAACUUCAAUUAGAAUCGAAGGAGCUCUUGACAUUUUGCUUGAAAAGGUUGCAGAAGAAUAUGAAUAUCAACAAAGCUAAGUUGGUAAAUGCUGAGUUUAUUUGGACUGAGCCACAUUCCAAGAGGGUUAAAGUUAAGGUCAGUGUUCAGAAGGAGGUUUAUCAUGGCGCGAUUUUGGAACAGUCUUAUCUUGUCGAGUAUGUUCAACAGGAUCACAUGUGUGAAUCUUGUUCGAAGGUUGCGGCGAAUCCUGAUCAGUGGGUUGCUGCUGUGCAACUCAGGCAGCAUGUCUCUCAUCGGCGGACUUUCUUUUAUUUGGAGCAGCUGAUUCUGAAGCACGGUGCUGCAGCUCGUGCUGUCCGAAUCAAACAGAUGGAUCAUGGUAUUGAUUUCUAUUUCACCAGUCGAAGUCAUGGUAACAAGUUUGUUGAAUUUAUAGGGAAAGUAUCUCCGAUAAGGAGCCGUAGUGAUAAGCAGCUUGUUUCUCAUGAUGUAAAGAGUAGUAUUUAUAAUUAUAAGUACACAUUCUCUGUUGAAAUCAGUCCCAUUUGUCGCGAGGAUUUGAUUUGUUUGCCUCCUAAAGCGGCUGGAACCUUGGGAAAUAUCGGUCCUAUUGUGAUUUGCACUAAGGUUACUAACAGCAUUGCUUUGCUUGAUCCACAUACCCUGAAAUUCGGUUUCUUAGACGCUGAUCAGUAUUGGAGGACAUCCUUUAAGUCCUUACUUACUAGCAGACAGUUAGUCGAAUAUAUCGUGUUGGAUAUUGAGCCUGUUUCAUCUGAGGUCAUCGUUGGUGGCACGAAAUAUGUUUUAGCUGAUGCUCAAGUGGCUCGUGUGUCGGAUUUCGGAAAGAAUGACAUAAUGUUCAAUAUCAAAACUCACUUGGGCCAUCUUUUAAAGCCUGGUGACUUGGCACUUGGUUAUGACUUGUAUAGUGCUAACACUAAUGACAUGGAAUUGGACAAUUACAGAGGUUAUGUUCCUGAAGUGGUUUUGAUAAAGAAGAGUUAUGAAGAGAAACGCCAGAAGCGACGCCCGAAGCCUCGUGCAUGGAAGCUUAAGUCACUUGUCAUGGAAGUUGAUGAGAAGGUUAAUGAAGAUAAGAUGGCCUCAGAAUAUGAACAAUUCUUGAAAGACAUUGAAGAAAACCCUGAGUUGCGGUUCAACAUAUCUUUAUACCAAAAUAAAGAUUAUCAGCCAUCUGAGGCGACAUCUGUUGCUGAUGGUGAAGAGCUGCCUUCUGUUCCAUUCAAUGAGUUGCUGGCUGAGCUUGAUGAUCUUGAACUGAGAGAUGAUGAUGAUGAUGAUGAUGAUGAGAAGGAGGAAGAAGAUAAGAUGGCAGAAUGAGCCAAAGUCAUUCAUAAUCUGAAAUAGAAAUUCAUGGGUAUUCAAUCUAGUUUUGUUAAUGUGAAGGUACUUUUUUUUCUCUCUGUACUGUUUUAAAUUCAAACUGUGUUGAUGUUUUUAAUUUCUGCAAGAAUGGGUGAAUGGUUAUUUUUCAGAUAUAGUAAUAAUAAUACAUAAAUGAGUGAAUGGUUUUUAA